CGACCAUAAACACGUGUGCUACUUAUUGACAAAUUCUUGAGAAAAUCAUGCAAAACGACGAAGUUAUUUGGGGUAUCAUCAACGGGACAUUUUGUUCUUUUAAAGUCAGGACAAAAGCUCAGAAAUUUUGCAGGAAUGAAUUUAACCUGACAGGAAUUUGUAACAGAUCAUCCUGUCCUCUCGCCAACAGUCAGUAUGCAACUGUACGGGAGGAGAAAGGUAUAUGUUACCUGUAUAUGAAAACUGUUGAGAGAGCAGCCUUUCCAGCUCGAAUGUGGGAAAAAGUGAAGCUGUCAAGGAAUUAUGAGAAAGCAAUUGAACAGAUCAAUGAAAAUUUGAUAUACUGGCCCAAAUUUGUGAAACACAAAUGUAAACAAAGAUUUACAAAGAUUACACAGUACUUAAUCAGGAUACGCAAACUGACACUUAAACGACAAAACAAACUUGUUCCCUUAAGCAGGAAAGUUGAGAAGAGAGAAAGAAGAAAAGAGGAGAAAGCGCUGGUAGCAGCACAGAUCGACACCAACAUAGAGAAGGAAUUGUUGGAGAGACUGAAGCAAGGCACAUACGGAGACAUAUACAACUUCCCUACUCAUGCUUUUGACAAAGUAAUGGAGGACGAAGCAGAGAGUGAGUCAGAAUCUGAAACAGAGAAGGAGAAGGAUGAGGAAGAAGAAGAAGAAGAGGUUGAAGAAGAGGAAGAUGAUGAGGACGUUGGAGAUGUGGAGUAUGUGGCUGAGGAUGAGUUUGAAGAAAGCGAUUUGUCAGACAUGGAAGAUGGAGAACGACUUCCAGUAUACAGUGAUAGCAGUAGUUCAUCAGAGGAUGAGAGUGCAACCCUUCGUAAAAAGAAAACAAUGAGAAGGAAACGAGCUCGCGUGGAGAUAGAAUAUGAACAGGAAACAGACCAGCCAUCAACAUCAAAAGUGAAAGCAAAAUCAUAAAUUAUAUAAUAAAAUUGUGUUCAAGUUUCUUUACAUAUUUGUUGAUAUUUUGCCAGGAUGUCAAUUGCCUUUUCAUAUUUAACAUAUAAUACAUGC